AUGAAACUUCUCAUUCUACUUCUCAUCACAGUCACAGCGGCCCAUCACGGCUUCAUAUGGAUGGAGCUUUUCCAUCCGCCAUUCUUGAUGAGAGUUAGCUGGCCUGCUCAACAGGACUAUUACGAAAUUCUUCACAAUCAAAAAAUGACAAUCGCUCAGCAGAAGCAGCAAAUCAUGGUUUGGGCAAAGAAAAACAAAAUCAUGGUAAGGAUGUCAUUACUAGAAAGUCAACACCACUCCAAAGAGAAAAAUUUCCAGAAAGAAGUGAUGAGCUUCUUUUCAAAAUUCGAGAAGCGCAUGGAGAAAAUGAACCAGAAUCUAGCCAAGCUGGUUAGCGAGUUACCAAAAGCUGUCAAAAAUCUCACAAAAAUUAUGAAGAAUGAGAAGCAGACAAUGCCAGACAUGAUGGAAGCCGUGCACAAACUCCAUUGGGAACAUCCACAGGUGAGCAGAAACAACAAGUUCUUCAGGCACGGGCACAGGAAGCUAGUGAUAGUUCACAGAAGAAUCUUGAAGACUGACUCUUUCCAGGUAUUCCAUGUGUUGAUGGCUGCUAUUAUGGAAGUCAUGCGAAAACACGGCCCUCAUGGUCCUCAUGGACCACACCCAAGGCCGCAUGACGGACCUUUCCCAUUUGAUGGUCCUCAUUCAUGGGGUCAUCACUGGGAACAGCCCUGGGAAAAGCCUUGGCACAGAAGAUGGGAUGAUGGAUCUUUUGGUGGCUGGCCACAAGGGCCACAAGGGCAUUUUCCAUACGGUCAUGAAGAACCGUGGAACAGAGAAGGAUGGCAGCAUGGACCACACAACGGUUUCCAACCUUCGAUGGGUCCCGCGGGAAUGCUAUAA